CGGCGGCACCUGGAGGCGGCCGCGGCAUCCCCGCCCGGCCCGGCGGAGGAGGCGGGGGAAGCGGGGCUGCCGCGCGCUGCCGCAUGUGCCUGGAGCGGAGCCGGAGCGGGCAGCGUGAGCCAUGGCGGAGCAUGGCGCCCCGGCGCCCGCCAUCCCCAACGGCGAGUGCGCCGCCCGCCGCCCCGGCAACAAGGUGACCGUGGUGCUGGGGGCCCAGUGGGGCGACGAAGGCAAAGGCAAGGUGGUGGACCUGCUGGCGCAGGACGCGGACAUCGUCUGCAGGUGCCAGGGAGGCAAUAAUGCAGGGCAUACAGUUGUUGUGGAUUCUGUGGAGUAUGACUUUCAUCUUCUGCCAAGUGGGAUCAUCAAUCCAAAAGUCACUGCAUUCAUUGGAAAUGGUGUUGUCAUUCAUUUGCCAGGACUCUUUGAAGAAGCUGAAAAAAACUUAAAGAAAGGAAAAGUACUAGAAGGCUGGGAAAAAAGACUAAUAAUUUCUGACAGAGCUCAUAUUGUAUUUGAUUUCCACCAAGCUGCUGAUGGCAUCCAAGAACAACAGAGGCAAGAACAAGCGGGAAAGAAUUUGGGAACUACCAAAAAAGGAAUUGGUCCAGUAUAUUCUUCAAAAGCAGCUCGAAGUGGACUCAGAAUGUGUGAUCUUGUUUCCGAUUUUGAUGAAUUUUCUGAGAGGUUCAAAGUGUUAGCCAAUCAAUACAAAGCGAUAUAUCCGACCUUAAAGAUAGAUAUUGAAGGGGAACUGGAAAAGCUCAAGGGCUACAUGGAAAAAAUAAAACCAAUGGUAAAGGAUGGUGUUUAUUUCAUGUAUGAGGCUUUACAUGGACCACCAAAGAAGAUCUUAGUAGAAGGUGCAAAUGCAGCACUGCUGGACAUAGAUUUUGGCACAUACCCUUUUGUGACUUCAUCAAACUGCACAGUUGGAGGUGUUUGUACAGGUCUGGGAAUGCCACCGCAGAACGUCGGGGAAGUGUAUGGAGUUGUGAAAGCUUACACAACAAGAGUUGGAAUUGGUGCCUUUCCUACAGAACAAAAUAAUGAAAUUGGAGAAUUGCUGCAAACGAGAGGCAAAGAGUUUGGUGUUACCACUGGUAGAAAGAGAAGAUGUGGCUGGCUGGACCUUGUGUCACUCCGAUAUGCCUACAUGAUUAAUGGAUUUACUGCAUUGGCACUUACCAAAUUGGAUAUCUUGGAUGUAUUUCCAGAAAUCAAAGUUGGUGUUGCAUACAAACUAGAUGGUGAAGUCAUACCUCAUUUUCCUGCCAACCACGAAGUCUUAAAUAAAGUAGAGGUUCAGUAUGAGACACUCCCAGGAUGGGAUACAGACAUCUCAAAUGCAAGGACGUUUGAUGAGCUGCCUGUAAAUGCACAAAAUUAUGUUCGCUUUAUAGAAAUGGAGUUGGGUGUUCCUGUUAAAUGGAUCGGAGUAGGGAAAUCCAGGGAAUCAAUGAUCCAGCUGUUUUAAAGAUUUCAGAUGCAUGGAAGAAAGCACACUCCUCAAAAGACUGCUCAUUCUUAAAUGCAUUAGUAGCCCGCAAAGCAAAGAUGUUGGAAAGAUAGAUUUUUGCAUGGAAAGAAAUGCUAGAGUUGAUACCCCUAAAUCAAUCGCUACUCCUGAAAGAGACAUUAACAUGAACCUGCAUCAGUUCUUCUUCAACUGCAAUUUCCAGGACAUUUGUCAUUGUUGUUCGAGGUGCCAUCAGAUUUUUUUUCUUUACCUAAUAUUUACUUCAUAAUGUAAUUCCUGUUUGAAAAUCUAAGGUAGCAUUACUUUCAUGUCUAUUUGUCUUUGUUAUCCUCUCUCUGCUUUUGGCGGUGUUACUUCCCUGAAAUUUUAGACAGUAAAAGUAAUGCAGUUUUGCACAGAUAGUUUUACAUCCUCAUUAUUUGUAUUCCUAAAGCUGUUGUUUUCUUAAUAGCUGCUCUUGUGAGUGAUUAAAGAGGGGAAUUCUGAUUUUAUAAUGCUAUAAAUGCUGUCUAAAUUAUUGUGUGAUCUGUUUUUUAAAAAACGAUGUGAUGCCAAGUUGUUAAGAAUGUCCAGGUUUUUUUAGCUGUGUAACAGGAAACUUACUCUUUGUAACUCACAGAGGACACUCAAGUGUUUACCAGGAGGUGUGCCCAGAAAGUUAGGAAAUUGAUAUUGUAAAAAGUUCAUUUGCGAUUAUUAAAGAACUGUUCUGAUUUUGAGUUAAA